UGUCCCCUCACAAUUACAGGAGGACAAAGAAGGCUACAAAGCUACUUUGGGAUGAGGAAAUAAAGUUCAAGUGGGGGUAGUGGUGUGAGUAGUAGUUGCAUUAGUGGGGUUUUGGAUCUUGGCAGCUGCCUUGAUUCUCUUGCCUUAACUCCCUUUCCACCUCACUCCUCACCUUCCCAUUUCCCCUCCUCAGUGUUCCUCCUACUUUAGCUUGGCAGUCCAUGUAUAUAUAUAUAUAUAGAUAACAUCAUCACAUAGAUAGUUAUAUCCGGAGUUAAAUCCAUCUAAAGAAAGCUAUGUUCAUCUGGAGAGGAAGAGAGCACUAUUGAAACAGAGAGAGAAAGAUAAGAGAGAGAAAGAUAAGAGAGACAAAGCUAGAGGUCUCAGAGAAGAAAGAGGAGAUCAUGUCAGACUGGGGGCCAGUGUUCAUAUCGGUGGUGCUCUUCAUUCUGCUCUCACCGGGACUCCUCUUCCAGAUCCCAGGGAAGAACAGAAUAGUGGAGUUUGGCAACUUCCAGACCAGUGGACUCUCUAUUCUAGUCCAUGGCAUCAUCUUCUUCGCUCUUAUUGCUAUCUUCCUCAUCGCCGUCUGCGUCCACAUGUAUCUAGGCUCCUAAUUAUCACUACUCGCUCAAAAAAAUCCCAUCUUGGAACUGGUUUCCAAAUGGGUGCUCUUGGUUCAGUGUAAUUUAUCCAAGGUCUCAUUUUGGUGUUGA